AUGCUUGGAAGCAAAUUAUCAUCACCCGAAGCUAUUCAGCAUGAACUUCGCGAUCUAGAAAGCUGGGCUCUUGACACCGGACUUCUUUCGCAGGGUAAAUACUCUCUCGAGUACAGAUUGAUGUACACGAAGGGCAACAAAGCAUGCGAAGACGUUUGCCAAAAGCUCCGAAAGAUCGAAGCGAUGUUGCAGGAGAUGGUUCCAUUGAUUACGGGAGAGCGUAUCCCAGGGGAAGACCAGGAACUAUCAGACUCGGACACCGACUCGCAUUCCAACUCAGCGACAGAACUACAACAGUAUGUCAAUUCCCUUGCUAGCCGCAACGAGGAUUUGAAGGGAGUGACAGACGCGUACGGGCUUGGUAGUUGCACCAAACCGGUGUCGUCUCCGGAUGACACUCCAGCAUAUGGUCAGAGCCGUUACACGGAUCCUGUCACUGACGAACCUGUUAUCAUGAAGGGAUUGGAGGACUUGGAAAUAGGAACUGAGGAGGGCACGGCAUCCAUUUAA